AUAAUAUUUAAUUAGAUUAUUUUAUGUUCAUCAUUGACAUUGAAUUUUUCGUUACGAUUAAACAAAUUUCAAUUUGAAAAAUUCUAGAAUGAUACGUCAAAUAUACUAUAAUGCACACCUCGAACUGUUCACGAUCAAUAUUUUAUAGGCGUAUUUAAAUUAAUUUUUUUCCUCGGUAAACAACACGGUGGACGGUUUUAUCAAAGCUCAUUAGAAAAUUUGCAUCGUGAUCGAAAUUGGACGAAACGGAUUCGUUUCGUAACGUAAACGAACGAUAACUAUUUCCGGAAUCCUUUGACGCAACUAUACAAUAUAGUUCACAACUAUGAUCCGUACAAUUCAAUACGGAAUGUAGAGCAGAAUUUAUACACGGUGAAAAUUCGUCGCAAUCACGAACAGAAUCUAUCCAGGUUUCGGAUCCGAAUUCAUCGAAACUUAGGAGCAAUUACCAUAAAAUGUCGAUCAAUCGUGAUCUCAGAAAUUCUCGUCCUUCUGAUACUCUCGCUCAACUUGUUUAAGACCCGUUCAACCCCCCAGAGAUCCCGGCCGGAUCUAUCUGUCGAAUAAACCGAACCAAGGAUUUAUCGGUCUUACAUGUGUAAGUAAAAUAUAUUCACAACUGCGUUAAGAGGAAUGUACAUCGAGUAAUAUAUAUAUAUAUAUACAUCGGAGAGAAAGAGAAAUUUUUCACCUAAUAAUAAAAAAAUUCGAAGAAAACGUUGAAUCGUGUGUUUAAGGAAGUUUUGAUUAAAAAUUCGAUCCAAAGAUCCAAGAAAGAUAUUCAGUAUAUAUUCAAUAUUUAAACUGUAAGAGGGUGAAGGAGAAAUUCGCGAGGAGAAAGUUUAUUGUAAACUGUUCGAUUUGACCGAGUUUAAACGUCGGAGCAGGAAGUUUGAAAAUUUUGUGAGAAGAAAAUCGUGAAUUCAUCGUGAAAUCUCGAAAAGUGAAAUGUGUACGAUACCGUUCGGUUAUUUUCCACUUAUUUCCGUACGAAUAAAUAUCGGUGGUGGGCUGAUCCUCUGCAACGGGAUUAUAAUAAGAAAAAGUACUUCGAUACCUCCUUGUUACCUCCAGCGACGAUUGAACGACGAUUAUUUUCAUCGAUGGCUCUAAUGCCGUACGUUGAAUCGUUAACGGAAUAUCAAAAUCAAAUUUACAAGAUGAAGAGAAUCGAUUCCAGAGAUAGAUAUCGGCACGAGUCUUAAGUUUAAUCGUUUGACACCGAUUUCACAGAGGCGGCCGUCCAUGGAUGGAACACGGAAUAUCGAUCAAAUUCGAUCGCGUUGCACAAUCGUAUCGUAAAUCCCCCUUUAAAUGGGGGUUGAAUUGUGAACGGUCGUUUUGAAUAAGAUGAUGAUGUCGGCCACGAAUUACAACGAAACCGAUACCGGAACGAUGGCCAAUUAUUUUGGUAAUCCCGAUUUGGAUCAAUCGUUCGCCACCAACCUGCCCCAACCGACAACUACGUCCACCGUUUUGAACGUGACAACGUUGCCAACAAUGGCGGCCGCCACGCAUUACGGCCAAACGAAUCUGCUCGAGAGUUUGAUCGUCCCUCUAUACGGAAUAAUAUUUCUCCUGUCCAUCGUUGGCAAUUCGUUGGUGCUGAUCACCCUGGCACGUAACAAGAGGAUGAGGACGGUGACCAACGUUUACUUGUUAAAUCUGGCGGUUUCGGAUCUGCUGCUCGGCGUCUUUUGCAUGCCUUUUACACUUCUUGGACAAGUCCUGAAGAAUUUUGUUUUUGGUAUAACGAUGUGCAAACUAAUACCGUAUUUUCAAGCCGUCUCGGUGUCUGUCGGCGUAUGGACACUGGUCGCCAUCUCUUUGGAGCGUUACUUUGCCAUCUGCAGACCACUGAAGUCGAGAAGAUGGCAAACACAGUUCCAUGCUUACAAAAUGAUUGCCGUGGUUUGGACAGCAAGUCUUACGUGGAAUGCGCCAAUUCUCGUUGUUUCGCGGUUGAAAAGUAUACGCGAUGGAAGACAAAAGUGCCGGGAGGAAUGGCCGAGCGUUGGCGCCGAGCGAGCUUAUAAUCUUUUCUUAGACGGGACCCUGCUUUUAGUUCCCUUAAUCGUGAUGAGUCUGGCUUAUUCUUUGAUCGCAGUGAAACUUUGGAGGGGAUUACGGCAGGAGAUUCGUCAGUCGUCGAAUUGCCAGCAACGCCUGGAGAGGAUAGAAUCGGCGAGGGCGACGGUGAAGAAUUCCACGUAUGACAAAGGUGAUGGAGGGGCGAACACCACGGUCGUUCUCAAUGCUUGCGGCGCAUCCUCGAGAUUAAGGCGAGGAUUUCCCUCGUCCUCCUCCCACGGAUACUACCACGGCUCUCCCCAGGGAGUGGCGUCUAGGAUACGCGUUCCGAGAAUGAAAGUAUCCAGUGUGUUCGGUGGAAAGUUAAAGGGAUCGGAUUUUUCCAAUGAAUCGAGAGUGCAGGUUCGUAGCAAUGGAAACAAUUGUGUUUCGAGGGAUACGAAAGAUUCCUCCAACGAGGAGCAACAAGAUUCGGGCUGUCCAUUCAAUAGGCAACACAUUAUACGCAGCAACUACAUGGGCAAAAGCAUCGAAGCCAAGAAAAAAGUGAUAAGGAUGCUGUUCGUGAUCGUGCUGGAAUUUUUCGUCUGCUGGGCACCGUUGCACGUGAUCAAUACCUGGUAUCUUUUCGCGCCAGAUUUCGUGUAUUCGACGGUCGGCAGCACGGGGAUCAGCCUGGUACAACUGCUUGCCUACGUGUCGAGUUGCUGCAAUCCGAUCACGUAUUGCUUCAUGAACAGAAAGUUUCGUCAAGCGUUCCUCGGUCUCUUCGAUUGUCACCGUUGUUGGAGGGUAGGGUGCAGGAAUAGCGAUAUCGCGAUGGCGUCGACCAGAAAUGCCGCCCAAGCGGGGAACAACAGCGAGCUAAGCGGGAACGAAUCGGCAGUUUAUCUUGGGAAAGCUUCCCUCGCCACUAGAUCAGAAGUAGUACGGCUGUUGGAGGAGGAGGACCGUGUCUAGUAUAGGCAGAACGUGUGUUUCACCGAGAGUACGAGACCAAACGUUUCUUUGUUCCACACCGGUAACGAGCAGGACGAUUUCUUCUUAAAGAUAUCUUGGCGUCCAUCAGACAGAGUUCCUUUCCACUCUGGAGGGAAAUGCCUCUCCGUUAACGAUCUGCACCGUCUUUCCUCGUCGCGGUCAUCCUGCGUGGACAAUCUUAAUUUCCUUUACGACUGAUGGCGGCGCGAUCUUGUAAUUAAAUUGUAAGUCUCGUCGUCCGAUUCAUUUGACGAUUGAUGGUUUUCAAUAAAGCAAGAUAAUAAUAAGUAAUUGAAGAACAUUUUUUUUUCUUUUUUUUUUUUUUCUCUCGGGGGUAAAUCGGCAUAUCAUUUUUAACCCUUUGAGUCUUGGUAAUGAGGAAAUGAAAGAAUUUUUAUUUUUUUUAUUUUUUUUUUUUUUGCAGAAGAUGCAAUUUAUCGUCAUCAGUGAUUUUCUUUUAAUUCUUUUUUUUUUUUUUUUUUCGUAUGAAAAAGAGCGUUGCUGAUGGAGAUUUAAAAUAUUUUUUUUAAAUCUUUUUUUUUUUUUUUUCGUUCGUAAAACGAUAUAGUUUUUUCAACGAGGGGAAAAUUUAUUUUCAAUUGAACAUAUUUUUCAGAGA